AUGGCCAACACAGCCCCGAUCGUUGACGUCUCUCGCCUCUUCUCCCUCUCCGGCAAGACCGCCAUUGUCACAGGCGCAUCAGGAGGUCUCGGACGAGCCAUGACCACAGCUCUAGCCUCAGCAGGCGCCGACAUAGUCUCAAUCGAGUUGGCCAACGACCCAGGCUCAGAAAUCACGGCCCAGGCAGUAAGCUCCACUGGCCGCACCCUCAAACAGUACCAUUGUGACGUCCGCGAUCCAAAGGACCUUCGUGCCACAUACCAGAAACUUUGGGAUGAUGGAGUCCAGGGCGAUAUCUUGUUGAAUUGUGCUGGAAUCCAGCGACGCGCCGACGCCGAGAACUUCACAGAUGAGGAGAUCGAGGCGGUCUUGGAUAUUAAUUUGAAAGCCACGCUUAUAAGCUGUCAGGAGUUUGCGAAGCCUUUGUUGAAAGAUGGGAGGGGCGGGAAGAUCAUCAAUAUUGCGAGCAUCAUCUCGUUCAUUGGCGGAAAGAACAUUACGCCUUAUGCGGCGUCUAAGGGUGGAGUGUUGCAGGUGACGAAGGCGUUCAGUAAUGAGUGGGCGAGCAAGGGGAUCAAUGUGAAUUGCAUUAAUCCUGGGUACUUCCAUACACCCUUGACGGAGCAGUAUAUGACGGACCCGAAGUACAAAGAGUUCAACGAUUAUGUGAUGAUGCGGACACCGGCGAAGAGAUGGGGUGAGCCGGUCGAUCUUGCUGGUGCAGUCAUUUUCCUGGCCAGUUCAGCAAGUGACUAUGUCAGCGGAACUUCGAUCGUGGUAGAUGGCGGUUGGCUCGGGUAA